GGAGUUCGGCGUCAAACGUCAUUACGUAAUACAACGCAACCUAUUACGCGUUUAAAGAUGGCGGCACACAGUGUCAGGUCGUGUGUUGUGAAAGAGCUGGAUUAUUUCUAUUUGACCGCAUUUAAGAGUUGUUAGGAAUGUACAUUACGUAGUUUUUCUCAUAUGAACAAAAACCGGCUUGCCGUAACGUGAGCGGCUGAAUCUGAUGAUACGGUUUUGAAAUGUUGGCGAGGACCUGAAUAUCAUUUACUUUGACUGUAUUACUCUAAAACGACAAUCUCAAAGAAAAUGUUACCGGCUACAUGGUCAAGACUGACAUGCAGGGCUCUGUCCAGACAGGGGCAGAGGGCACUGAGUCUGUUCUCCAGCUCCGGACCGUCAAACUGGACUAAAGUGGUGUCGGACGCAGAGAAGAUCGUCGGGUAUCCGACCUCAUUCAUGAGUCUGCGGUGUCUGCUCAGUGACGAGCUCAGUAACGUCGCCAUGCACGUGAGGAAGCUGGUCGGGACCCAACACCCUUUACUCAACACUGCAAGGUAACCCAGAUGUCCUCUGAUCUCAGUCCCUGGACUUUCUGUCUCUGCAGUGAAACCAAACUGCUGACAGAAAUCUGACUAAAAACAUAACAGUCUUCUUAAUGCAUUACAUGCAUUGAGCAGCUUUUGUAAUCGAGGAGAGUUUUAAAGUUUAUAACCAAGGAUAAAGUUUAAAACUCAGUGUUCCGGCAUGGAUAUCAAGCACCUAAUCUACCUAGACCACCCAAGACCCCCAUUCACAAACUACAUAACAUACACAGUUUGAUUUGGAAACUGAACUCAAUUGUUGCAUCAAAGCAGCUGUUUUAAAUGUCUUUUUAAAAAGUCUGAUCUGAUGUUCAGAUUGCUCAUAUUUUGUCCUGCUUCAGUUUAAAAGAAAUCAAACACUUGUGACUAAGAGAUGCAUUUAUUAGUUAUCCUUGAAUUACAGAUUAUGGUGUCUAAUGUAAGGGUAAUGAGUGAAUCAAAUCCCAGCUGUUUUUAGGUGAGAAGCUGGGGAUAGCCUGGACACUUGCCUGUGUGCAGUUUAGAGUUACUAGCUGGUAUUUCUCUGCAAGUAAGCCAGGAUACCGACAUAGAGAGCAUGUGUACACAUCCAAACUCCACCUAAAAGUCUCAGCUGGUUUGAGUUGAGAAUUGACUUGCUGUGAGGCGACAGUCCUAAACUCUCCAUCACUGUGAUGCCGCUGUGUUGAAAAUAUUUUAUGAUCUUGUUGAGAAAAAGCAGUUUUUCCUGAUAGACUCUGCCUUUUGCACACAGUGCUUUUAUUCUGAAGCUGUGUCCAUGGUGGUUAUUUGGCCCUUUCUUCAAGCUUGUGGUGCGCUGUUGCUGGACAAAUGUUGUCAUUAAAUAAGGCUAGCUGCAGGAAAGCUAUGUUAAUGAUCAAAUAACAAGCAAGGGGAAGUAUUUUAUCUCCUUCAAUCUCCCUCUCCCUUUGCUGCCAUUUUUGUGACCCCUUCACGGCUCAGUUGGUGUGUGAAUGUUUUAAACAUUUCCUGAUAUGAUUAAAAACAGAAUCAUAAUGCUCUAAAAUAUACUGGUUUAUUGAUCAAAUCUAAUCAGGUAAGGAGAAAUAUAAUCCAGUAUGAUCUCACAACCCUGACAGAAAGGUACUUAAAAAGGAGGACAGUACAGGUUUGACAGUGUAAAACAGAAAAAAUUGUGCACCUUCAUGUACUUUACCAAACCAGAUCCCUCUGUGGAGGUGCUCUAAUAUAGGCAUAAUGAUAGGGAUAAGGCAACAGAUCAGAUUAAAUGUGAACUUUUUGUGCCUAUAUUUCUUUUUGAAAGAACCCCAUGCGCGGACAUUUUUUAACAACAGGCAAAUAAUGCUGAAGCACUUAACACCCUGUAUGCAUGUGCACAUCCCAACCAAAUCAGGAACCCAUUCAAAGAAAGUGAAAAAUUCAAUCAUUUCAUUUCAGGCCAGUAACCCAAAGAUGGCCUGAAUGUACAGACUCAAGCUUCAAGAAUUAAAUUGGCCAAAAUAGAUGGUGUGCCUAAGCAUCAAACUUUAAUGCAAUAUGUUUGAUGGUAUAGAUUUGGGGUCAAACAGUGUUAGUCGGGCCCAUUUUGGAAAUAAAUGACAUUAAAACAUGUAGAUAGAGUUAACUCCAGAGACAUUGAGUUGAUUAGAAGUUAAUACAUGACCCAUGAGUGGAAAUUAAAGGUGCAGGGCCACCCCCUGGUCAAUGUAAUUGCUGAAAGUUUGGGUAGCUUCUGCAGUUGAUGAUCUUAAAUUGGUUUGUUCCAGCUUUAAUGCUUUACUUUGAGCAACAAUGUUGAAGAAAAACUGACCACAGAGGCAUAAAUAUUCAAGAGCAUCUCUUCAUGCCUGGGCCACCUCUUCCAGUAUGGUCAAUAAAUCCUGCUUUUUUCUGUGAAGUAAAUACUAGGAUUAAGGGAAAUGCUGUACAUUGAUUUCUCCUGCAGACGAGGACAUUAUACAAGACAGUUUACUGGGUUACAGCCUGAAAGAGACCAAUUUUUUAUGGCCAGUAUUUGUAUUUGCACAAAGUCAAUAGAGCUGAUUUGUGAUGUAACUGCAAAGCCACAGUUAUGUAUUGAUAAAGGAGGAGCGUCAACAGGUCACACCUGCCAACCAAAAUCUGUUCCAUCACUCUAUCUGCACCGGCUGUCUGAUGUUUUAUCAAAGAAAUCAGGAACUUAGAGAAGCAGAGAAGCAGAGAGUCCUCAAACUCAACACCGCCAUGCAGACGGGUGUGUUGGAAACUGGAGCCCAAGGGUGUAAUAACCUAUACACCUAAAUCUGAUAUGACAAUCCAUUUGGGUGUUGUAGGAUGGAGGUGGGAGUGGUAAGGGGGGGAAGCAGGCCUCUUGACAGUCUGACUCCUCACUGUCAGCUUGGGUUGGCUGGUUCGUAUUUCCCACUGUGUCUCCGCCAUAGACACGCUGCAGAUAAAAAUAUCCACAAUAGCAGACAGGCAGACCCUCGUGGAGUUGGGUUUCGGUUUUUCCUUUCCUUUCAUUCUCAAAAACUGCAGCUCAGCUAACUUUGCCCCAAAGUCUGGAGUUACAGCGAGGGGACUGCAGCCCAGGAGAGGAAACUUUGAUUGCUUUAAGGACAGUCCUUGAGACUUUGAGUCAGUCUAGUAUUUCCUUGCAUGGUUCUCUCUCUCUCUUUUGGUAUUUUCAUUCCCUUACUCCAUCUUCAAAAGCUUCAUCAAUUAAUCGGUUUGAGCAAACCAGCCUAUUCAAGUUAUAGUGCUGAAGGUUGAGACACUGCCCUGUGGGCAUGUUUGAAGAUCUUUAGAUAAUAAAUUUGAACCUGGAACAGAGAUUGAGAGAAAUCCCUCUUUCCUGAUCAAUUGUUACAACAUCAAUCGCUGCAGAUAAUACAGACCCCUGAAGAGCAGCUUAACAAAGAGUGGGAUGGGAAACAAUCAUCAUCAGUAGUCCAGGUUUAAUUUUGUAUUUAGAAUAUAGAAAUCAAACAGUGCAAGUAUGAGUGAACCUUUCCAAAGUGGCACCCCAGGAUUCACUCGAUAGCACAAGUGAUAAGCAUAAGUGAUGGAGUGCAAGCUGCCAAAACGGCAUUUUUUACAGUUUUACAGCAAAGAUUCAUGGCGAGUUACAGGUUUGACCAAUAAAAGACAAUAAUCUGAAACAUCAUGUAAACAUCAUUGUCCAAAUAUAAGCCAAGCGCUAAAAUAACUUUCAUAGAUGUAACCAUCUUGUUUCCGCCUCCGAUUUAGCGUUUUUGCGACUUGGUAACUGAAACUUUGGGAACUCUGGUGUGACGUCAUUUUCAGCUCUGACAUCUGACUUCUGAGGUAACUCGAACGCAGCAAUAAGCUAAAAGUUUCUUAUUGGAGCUUUAAUUUUUUAAAAUCUGCUUUCACUAAAAACAUAUUAAAACCUGAGGCAUUGAUUUAACAGUGUAAGAACAGUGAAAUAAGAUUCCUGGAGUCACUUUGGGGGUCCUUCAAGAAAAUUUCUGGGGCUUGUCAGAUGGUUGGUGGUAUUAAAAUGCAUAAAAUACAUCAAAUGAAGUGAAAUAUUUGGAAGUGGGGAAUGGUUUUUAUAUUACAUGACCUGCACAAGAGACUUGAUUUGUUUUAGUGCUGUUUCAGAUUCAGAACAUGUUCACUACACAAGUGAUGCAGAUGAUGUUUUGGCUUGUGCCACAAUGGUAAUCAUGCACAAGCUGUGCUGCAAUUACAAGGGGCUGGGUCCACAAACACCUGGGAAUAUACUGUUUAGGGUUCGAGACUGAAAAAGGUGAAGAACCAUUGUUUUACCUGAUGUUAUAUGUGAGGUAAACUCUUAAACUUUAGUACUGAGCAGCAGCAUUAACAGUGCAUCUUACAUUUAUUCAUUUGUUGAAAAGUGCGAAACAGAGAUGACCAUAAAGUAACUAACUCCGGAAACCUGAAACAAAACCACCUCUAAAUGUUUUUACAAACACAUACUCCCUUGGAGAAAAGUCCUGGCCUAUCAGGUACGUUCAGUCCUUUAUGGCCUCAGUGGGGAAAAAAAGGCACACAAGGGAUCAAUAUGUCGCAUGAGGUCAUACAUUUGCAUGCAUUAUUUCCAGCCCCUGCAUACCACGGCUGAAGUUCCUAAAUUCCUGCGCUGCAGUUGCAGAGCAGAAGGCGUGGUGACCUGUUCACAACCCUUUAAAAAUGACAGCAACCCAUUUCUCUCUCCCUGCUCCCUCUCUCCCACUCUGUAGCACCCACUAUCUCUCCUUUUCCACAUCAUCCUCGCCCCACCCCUUUGCAGGAGGGCGGUUGUGAUUGAUUGAUGUGUGCUGGUGUGGAUAGUGACAUAAAUAUUAAUCAUCUGACACCCUCAGGCCACUGGCUUACGUGGACUCCUCAAGAGGAAAGCCGCUUCAUCAUUUUGCUCUCUGCUCGUUUUCUGUUGAAUGGGUGAAGCUUCUGCAUCCAUGAGUGUGCCCGGCUGGUUCCUCUUUGGCUUCUGAGUAAAAAUUGACAGUGAACAUAAAUAUAUUUCAUAUGCUGUGAUGAAAGACAGCCAUAGAUAGUGUCAGAUGUAUCAUAAUUUUGGGAGGAAUAUCAGCUUGAGAUGUUUUAUGGGGUUUUGGGUGACGAACAAAGCUUUCAGGUUUUUAAUUUUGUUUCUUUCAGCACCACGGCACCACUGCGAACCACUCGCGUGUUUCUUCUGUAAUCUUUUCUCACAUUUUUAUUUCUGUCAAGCCUCUUUUCCUUCUGUCUCUCUCCAUCCCCUCCCUCCCUUCAUGCUUUAUCUCCCACAUCCACUCUCUGUCUCGGGUUCCUCCACCUCCCCCUGUGGUGCAGGGGUGGGUCAGAGAGGGCGGGGGUGGUGGAGGUGGGGACUCAGGGCUGGUGGUGGGCUGGUGAAGCCGGUGUCUGGGCAUCGAGCGGAGGGGGGCGUGGCUGCUUGUCUGCCUUGGAGCCCCUAACGAGAGCGUGAUUCAUGGCACAAGGGGCUCCCAUAGGGACAGGAUUAGAGGUGCUCUGUCUAACCGCUCCCCAGAGAGAGCAAAAGAUAUUUAAUCUGCGCACCACGCUGGCAGCUCGCUCUGUGUGUGUGUGUGUGUGUGUGUGUGUGUGUGUGUGUGUGUGUGUGUGUGUGUGUGUGUGUGUGUGUGUGUGUGUGUGUGUGUGUGUGUGUGUGUGUGUCUUUCUUUGAAUUUGUCAGAAGGUUGUUGGCAAGGGGGCGGUUCUGCCCCCCUCCCAACUCAAAAGAUAAAUACAGUCCUGCAGCAAAAAUGAUCAAUUAUACAUUCUUGUUAUAUGGUUUUUACGAGGCACAAUAAAUAAGGUUCAACAACUGUUUUUGGAGUAGAGUUUGCAUGUGUCAGCAUGUCGCUGUUGAGAGGUUAUUGUAUUUCAUUAUUGGUUUAACAGAAUCAAACUGCGCUUCAAUGAAAUUCAACAAAGACUCAAUAGCAUUAAAACAAGGUGCAUGAGUAAGGUGACGGGUAAUUGCAUCCAAUGUUGAAAAUGUAUAUGUUAUUAUUUGAUGAAAAAUACAUGCUUAUGUUAAAUUUAAUGCAAAACAGCACAUCUACCAUUGUGUUGUAUCACCUCUUUAAACGUUUUUCUUUUGCAAGGCUGCAGGCAGGCCACUCAAGCACCCUCUUCUACCACAAUGCCAUGCUGUUGGAGUACAGGCAGAAUCUUGUUUGGCGGUAUCUUGCAGGAAUUUAAUAGGUCUUUCUAAAAAAGAGUAAUAAAAAGUAAUUUUGCGGAUGGCGACAUAUGUCCUGUAACCUGUAUAUAUUGUUCAGCAGUAAUGCUGCUUUCCUGGAUGAGUAAGUUACCCACGCCAUGAGCAUGUCCAUUCCCAGCCUUCACAGAUUCCUGUUUUUGAACUGCACUAUCAUAACAAGCAGGGUGAUUCAUCCCUCCUCUCUUAAGGGCACAGAAUGCCACGUCCAUAAAUCCCAAAAAGAAUGUCAGGUUUUGAUUUGUCAGACCACUAGAGAGAGUUUUACACUUCGCCUCUGUUCAUCUUGAACAGGACCAGGCCUAAAGAAGUUGUGUGGACGAGCUGAGCCCAUGCAGUGAUCUCUACCACAGAACCACAUUUGAUUUAAACUCAGCGCUCCCUGGAUCACAGCUGUCCAGUCGUAGUUUUUUGUUUUGUACCCUUAGUGUAAAGAUUAGUCCAGGUUCCUUGAGUCUUAAAAUGUUGUGCAGACGACAAAAUCCCCAAAUUUAGCUAUGCUGCAAUGGAGAUAACCUUUGUGGAGUUGUUUUGCUGUUUGCUUGCACAGCUUCCCACAGUCAUGAACCUCUUUCCAUCUUCACCUCUGCUUGCACAGCUUCCCACAGUCAUGAACCUCUUUCCAUCUUCACCUCUGAGAGAUGUGGCCCUUAUAAAAUGCCCUUUUUGAACCCAGCAUAUAUUGGUAAUCUAUAGCUGAUUAACCAGUUUAGCGGAAGGAUGUUCCUCCUGGUGUGUUUGUUUAGCAUUUUAACAGUACCAUUUUUUUGCACUAUUUGGAAUUAGACAUAGCCUUUAAUUGAAUUGCAAAGCCUCAUCAUCUGUUUUCGUCCACAGUCUACUCAGGAUCCCCCUUUUUUGGAAUCAGGAAUGUAGAGCACAUUUUACUGCACUGUGUUUUAGUUUAGCAUAAUGAAAAUCAAAAGAACAAAAUCUCUUUUACAGCAGCUGGUUUCAAAAAAAUUCAAAUGAACAAAGGCCUUUUUUUUUUUUUAAUAGAGAUCUUGCUGUGAUGCCAAAACUGAGGGCUGUUAUUGCAUCAGCCUUGCUUUAUUAAUCUGAACCAAACAACACCUUAUUGCUGCCAAAGCGUGUGAUUUUCUGCAGUAAGAUGUUACAGAAGCAAACAGGUGAGAGUGGGUAUAACAUACUGGUUUAGCAAGAAUUCAGUCAAUAGUAAUGGUCAAUUCCAAUCCAUACUGUGUAAUCUCAACCGUUGCUUUGAGAGGCUCUCAGAGCGUAUCACCCCAGUUCAUUGACAUUUGUAGUUAGAUACUUCUACAUGUCACAGAAGUUGCUAUCUGUUGAUUGGUUGUUUUAGUUUUUUCUAGAUAGGAAGCGAGGUACUUGUCAAUACUAAUUGUAUUAUCCACAGGGGGACACCAGUCCACCUGGACCCUUUGUUGAAAAACCAGCCAGAGACGUGUAACUUCACUAGUUUGAACAAAACUAACUAGAUAAAUUUUCAGCCCUUUCUUUGUCUUUGCCUGGUAUUUUACUACAUAGCUAUGAAAUAUAGGAACUAUUUCAAGUCCAACUCAACUCAACAGCACCAAAACUGAGAUUUUUUUCGUAGAGUUUGUGGAGACUGAGGCAUUGAGAUUCAGGGUAACUGGCAGCAGGUGUAACAGGAAACAGGCUCUUCAAAAUUGAAUACAUGAGGGUAAAAAAAUGACUAAAUUUGAGGUAGUUUAGGUCUUUUCCAUUCAUGGUUUCCAGACGGUGUGCCUCCGUUACUUAAACUGUACGUUCGAAUGCGUUAGAAAUUUUAAUGUAUUUCUUCAUGUUGAUUCAUUUGAGGUUUUUCUUUUUUCAGGGGAUUUGUUUACGACAGCAGGAACAACCUCCAGAUGAGAGGACUGAUCGUACUGCUGUUGUCAAAAGCUGCAGGGCCAAGCCACACAGCCUCUGAUCUCCUGUCUCAGGACAUGGUCAGUGGCAUCUACCCAAGGUAAACCACCUGAAAUAACUGAUACCUUUGAAGUGUUCAGGAAGCUUUUGAAAUCAUGAAAAACAAGGGAAUACAUGUGCGUAUAUGUGCUGCUGGUUUGUUAAUUUUGGUGGAUCUAUCAGGACAUCAACUGUCCCAUGAGACUGCCAUCUGAAACAGCUCUUGUUCUGAUCACUUAUUUCUCGCUUCGCACUUCAGACUUUGAGGACUCUUGGCUUAAUUCACCUUACAGCUGUAGCUUGUGAUGCUCAGAGUCCAAUUAAGAGAAGAGAUAUUUGUUGAAGUUGAAGUACUAUGUCCAGAUCACAAUAAAAAAAGUAGAAUUAUUGUUUUUUGUCUCUUUGUCGUUUAGAGAAAUUACGGGCCUCAUAAAAAAUGGAGCAAUUAAUUGAGAUGAAUCGACAGUUUUGAAGUAAAACUGCACAACGUCUUGUUAAACUGAACAUUUUCAUUCGUGGUAGAACGUGAACAGCCUGCCCUGCUGUUAUAAAUCAUAUUAAACUGAACAUUAUCAUUCACAGUUCAGUCCAAAGAUUAGUGUUUUCUGUUGGCACUCUUGACAGGUGCAGAAAUAACAGCAGAGCUAGUUUGAGGUUUCUUUCUUCAUAGUUUUUACUUUCUAUUCUCAUUCAACUACUCCUGUAAUACCGUGUAAGCCUACACUGUAAUGUGUUUUUUUUGGUUGCUGCUUUAUGUCUGUUGUUCCCAAUUUGGUUGAUGUCUCUUUGACUCAGCUCCUUGUUUUCUGACAUCCCAUGCUGAUUACUGUGCUAUUUCCUGACACUCGUUUUUGUUCUGGCUGCUGGUGAGUGAUAAGCCACAAAGUUUUAGUGCUAUACAAAAAAAAACAAGAGUAAUGAAAAAAUUUCCUUCAUGUUCACUGAUGCCAUCAGAAAUCAAUGUUUUUUUUUUUUCAUGUCGUCGCAAGAUAGAGCUGAAAUCAUGUCUUUUAUAAAUGUGCCAGACUCCUUGCUGUGAAUUGGUUUGUAUGUGUGAUGUGUGUGAUCUGGUUCUCUAGUACUGCCUUUGCUGUUCAUCUUUUUUAUGUGGUGAUGACCAGUCAUGUUUAAUUAUUUAGCACAGCCAGGUGAUUAUAAAGAAAGCCAGGUAGUAAAAGGUGUUAUCCCUUAAAGUCCACCAACAUUAAUCAAAGUCAAUGAGUGUUGAACAAAUAUCAGUGUCACAGCUGACCACACGGGAACUUUUUUCUUUGAAACACCUGCUGGUAAUUGAAAUCCUCAGCUAUUUGCCCAUCUCUGUCUCUCCCACAUAUUUCCACACUCAUGUAUUGGUGCUUUUGAUAAACAGUGGGUAGGAAACAUGGAUAAAAUUGCUUUGUAGAGCCAUAAAUGUGCAUGGCAAGCAGAGCAUGAAAGGCGAUUCCAUUCGUGUCCCUGCUACACAGCUCCUGAAGGAUAAAUAUUGAAAUAAAAUCUUUGCUCGAGGUAAUUCUAUCUUGUCCUCUGUGGUUAUUGUCCAUAUCAAUUCCUGUAAAAGAAGCACUGCAUCAUCUUGUGAACAUGGCAGAACAUAGGGAGAAAAUAGGCGUAGUUUCAAGAUGGGAUGAUUUCAUUUUAUUUGGCUAGAUUCAGAUUUUGGCAGAGUGGAAAAAUAUUUCUAAAACUGUCCUUUUCCCCUUGUGAACACUCUGAACUUUUUGCUCUGUAUUCAAACUACCGAAUAGAAAAAAAACCUUUUGAAAUGCUUUUGAACAAACUUUUAGAGGAAAAAAAAACUCAGUGAAAAAAAAAAAUCAACCAGUAUGCAACAAGACCCAAACAGCAGUAGCUGCCAUGAUUUGAAGCUGUAAUAUGUUUGAAGAUAUUGUUUUUGUGAAAGUGUAGGAAAACUGUUCAUGUAACAGAGGUUUAGAUAUGCCAAAAGUGUGGCUCAAGGCGAGACAGCGGCAGUCUCCAACAUGUCAUGUGCACACAUCAUUAAGAAUGAUAGUUAAUAUACAGAACACCAACAGUGAAGACCCCUGAAGAGUUUUCCAGCCUGUCAGAACACACAAAGUACACCUGUCAAUUGUCAGGUCAAGAUACAAUCAGUUAUUGAUUAGGAAUGUUGCUAGGAGACUAAUUCCCUGUUUAUCUUGAUGAUUGGUCCAAAGAAAAAAACAAAAAAAAACCAUUAUGACACAUUAAAAUUGAACACAAAAUCACAUCUGGGUAUUAACCAUAGACUGCAUAUACUAUGGACAACUUGGUUCCGCCUUCCGCCAGUAUACGGAUUUGAAGCCAAAAAGAUCUCUGUAUAUCUGGGGUUUUUUCUCCACUUCCUGAAACCAACAUUGUGCAGUAGCAUUGUACGCAUUCAGUGGGGGGGGAAGAGUCACCAAGAGUCGCUGUGAUGGCGCUCGACUCAAACACCGUAUUCCUCAGGUGAGCUACGCAAUCAUCGUACGCCCAUAGGCUGUAUCAGGUGUCAAUCAUAGAAAACAUGAACCCCCUAAUAACUUUUAAAAAUGGAGCUUCACAGAAAAAAGAGGACUAGAGCACAAACUGGUUUUAAAGUAAAUACAUGUCAACAUCGCAACCAGGGGGGAGAAAAUUUUAUAUUCUGUGUAAUAAAUUUCUGAAGUUUGUCCACAGCUCCAUAAGGAUUGCUGGAGGAGGUAGGAUUUAUGACCUAUACUGCAGCCCAUCACCAGAGGGUGCUGUUCUAUGGGUGGCUUCACCCAGCAAUGAGGCAGAUGGCGUCCAUUCUAUAUACAGUCUAUGGUAUUAACAAUAUCAAGUUGGUCUCCCACUGAGCAGACAGUAGGUAUAACACACAAGGUCAGUCAUCUGUACCUGAUUACAUCCAGGUAGCGGCAUAUUGAACCUGUAUGACAGUUAAGUGAGGAUUCAGCCCUAUUGGCAGGUUGCCGCACUGUAGCUCAGACACAGAAAAUGAGGCUCAUUUUGGUCUAACAAUGAUAGGAAUAUUAAUAAGCCGUUUAACCAAUUAGAUGUGGAGACAGCAGUGUUCAAUCAUACUGCAGUGUCUGACUGCUGAAUAGGUGCACAGAGCAUUGGAGUUGCUCCACUGGAUUGCAUCAACCGGGAGCCGAUUGAGAAAAGUGCACAGGUACUUAAAAUCCAGGGAUCCCCCCCAUCCCUUUUCAGUCAGGAUGUAUUUUUAGUCUCAUUUGUCUUUAUUUGACUAACAGCUGAAGUGCUUCAGGAAAUAAAAAGGGAGAGAAAGUUGGUGAGAUGUAGAAAAGAGGUCAGGGACUGAACCUGAGACCGAUGCCCCACAGGCUUUAACCUUUCUGUACAGGGUUAUUGCUCUAAAAACUAAACUAAAGCAGAGUCCUGGAUUUCUUAUAACAGGAGUAGCACAUAUUUCAUACCAUCAGUCUGAAGCUGUAAUUCAUGAUCAGCACAAGUUGUUGUUUUUUUUAUUAUUUGAGCUGACACUAGUGUAUUAAUUAUUUUCACGUGUAAGAUAUCAAUUCUUAGAAUGCUGCUGCCGGUAAAACAUUUCAGCUAGCACCCCAAGGUCCGCUCUGGCUUCCUCACAUGCUGCAUGCAGCUCUGAACAGGGAUGUGGAUGCGUGCCAAGUGGUUUCCAGAAAUGACUGCUGUGUUUGGCGUGGCUGUGUGCUGGGUGCCUGAAAGGUUUCUUUCUUGCCGCUGGCUGGCACGGGGCAUAUGUGUGUAGUGGAGCCGUGUCUGUGCAAAAACAUCCUAAUAUUAGAAUUAAUUGGAGUAACCCAGGCGCCACAGAAGACACGAGUAUGGUCCUCUCCGGGUUGUGAGGCCGAGCCGUGUCGGCAGGUUGUGAGUCACUACAGGACGAGUCAUUACACACUCACCUCCUGUCACAACCUGGCGUGCGCACCACUGUGACACUGGAUCAACGAGUCCAACAUGCAGCAUUCCCUCACUCGUUUGUGAUGGAUAGUCCAAACCAAAACACACACACACAUCCACACACACACACACUUGCACACACGCACAGCAUGACUUGAUCACCUCAUUUGCACUAUCUUGCUCGUUCUGUCUCUCCCCCCAGCAUUUCCCCCACCUCUCCUGGGCUCAUUAGCACCUCUGAUGGAAGAGAUGGAGGGAUGGAGGGAGUCGGGGUGGGGCGGGUUUUGGGGGGGGUGAUUGAAACCUCCGGGGGAUGGUCUCCUCCCUUCUGACAGGCAGCAUUUGUAAAACAUUUCCCACUCUGCUGCCUGACACUGAUGAUUCACCAGAGCACCACCAUGAUAGAAAGGUAGGUAGAUAGAUAGAUAGAUAGAUAGAUAGAUAGAUAGAUAGAUAGAUAGAUAGAUAGAUAGAUAGAUAGAUAGAUAGAUAGAUAGAUACUACAUAGAUAGAUAGAUAGAUAGAUAGAUAGAUAGAUACAUACUACAUAGAUAGAUAGAUACUGGAUAGAUACAUACUACAUAGAUAGAUAGAUACUGGAUAGAUACAUACUACAUAGAUAGAUAGAUGGAUAGAUACUAGAUAGAAAGAAGGAAAGACAGGAUUGUGUAUAGACUCCAAAUAUUGAACUUGUCUACAGCACACCUCUUAAUUUUUGGUUAAAAAUGAACAGGGUGUCUUUGAACACAUCCAGUAGGCCGUCUGAUGGACAGGUACCCUCUUUAAAUCACACACAGGGACACACUCCGAUCUGCAAGGCUGUGCUUGAUGGCGAGGCAGACUGCGGAGGGAGGAAAAUGGAACAGAACAGUCAGGACAAGGGGCGUGGCGAGGGGCGUUACACCUCUGCGAGAUGGCAUCGGUUGCUAUGCAACUGGGCACCAAAGCUAUUUAUACACCGGCCCCCUUGUCCCCCCUUUUUUCCUCCCCAAGCUCCACUGCUGCUGAUCAGGACUGUUAGAUUGGAGGCACAGCUUGGGUUGUGUAUUCAUUUAGGGGUCCAAUAAUUUGUGUUAUUUUUGGCUCUGUGCCAUCGCGCUGUACUUUAAAUUAAAAAAUGGAAGUUAUUGCAUUAACUCUUUGAACAAGCGCUUGGGAGUGACGCAGGUUCAAAUUGAAAUAAUCCAGCAUCAGACAUUGAACAUAACGUGUUUUCUGCCACUCACAGGCCUUUGGUAUUCCCAGUGAUUUUGGGGGGUAAAUCAAUCUGCUUUAUGACAACAUUAUUCGUUUUAGGGAGCAUUUCUUUAAAGUUGCUUAUGGCCAUUUUUGCCUUAAUUAUGUAAAACAGCUAAAGAGAGACAGGAGAUGUCCAAAAAUGCAAGGAGUUGUGGAUUAUAAUCUGAUGUAUUUCCUCUAAAAUCAAAACACAACUCGAGAAGAUGAGCUUCAUGAGUUUUGAUGAAUUGCCUUGGGGCAUUGACAGGUCCCACUCAUCACAACACUGACAUCCUUCCUCUGUGGGCGUAGGAUCACAGCACCCACGGGGACACCAACAGUCUCCCAAAGUUCAUGGCCUUGCAGCAGCUGGUUUGCCCUCCUCCACCUGUUGACCUUCUCUUUCCUUGUUUAAAUAAAUAUGAUCGGCCAUCAUACUCAGAGACCUUAUCCUACCAUACAGUCAAAAUCAGGCAUAUAUCCACCCGUGUUUCCAAAGAAACUUAACUACAUUAAUAUUCUCAAACAAGCUCUGCUCCGGUCCUGGUGAUCUCUGACUCUCCCAGUGUCCCUCACAUGUCCAACAACAAGUGAGAGCUUGCAAGAUGUCUAAGCGACACUUUAACAUCAACCAGAUUUGGUUGUACACAGACUGGCACAAGUGGAAAGUGAGGGAAGUCUUCGCUAUUUCAUUCUCUGGACUAAGAAUAACAAUCCGACCCUGUCAAUAAUAGUAUAAAGCACUUGUCAUGGGUGUAGUUUGACAAUUUGUAAUUGCCUGUUCAAACUAUACUUCAGCUCAUGGCUGCUGGCUGCUCCACUCUCCCACAAUACAGGACCAGUUUCAGAAAUUGUUCCCCCCACCAGUCAAACACACACGAACACCUGGGAAAAUAUGGUCCAGGCUGAAAAAUACUCAAAUUUCCCUUUAAAGUUUGUAAGUUAUUAGAAGAAUCCCUGGUGUGGCUUUGUUGGGAUUUGGUCAAACUUCUGUUGCCUCUUUCUCAGCUCUUUCUUUCAACCAGAUUUUUCGGACAACUAACCAGUCAUAAGCAUAACAAACUUAAAUCUUACUGAUGUGCACAUGCACAAACAAUGACAUGUCUUCAUCCUUGCUUGUCACAACAAAGAUAACUGUUGCAUUAGAGCUGUACCAGAUAAAACUGGCAUUGUAACCACUCAAAUAGAGCAACACAAGUAUAAUGACAUUAUCCUGCAAAGAAGGACUGUUUCCCUCCUCUGAAUGAGUGUUAAAACAUUUCAGCACAGCUUGAUUCUAGCUGCUCUAAUUGAUCUUUUUUUACCCUCUUUAUUAACUUAAUUAUCACAAAUGCUGCUACUUAACCUGUCGACUUUGACUGUCAUAGGUUCCUUGAUAAAUUAGUUCAUAAAAGAUCAAUGGUCUAAUAUUCAUUCACAGUGUCUGUAUAAACUUUAUAAUACUUUUUACUUUGGUAUUCGCUCUGUAACCAUGGUUCUGAGUCUGGGUCUUCUCAAGGUUUCUGCCUGUUAAAAGGAAGUGUUUUCUUGCCGUUGUAACUAGCCAGAUGCUGUUUAGUGCUCUGAAUGUGUUUUUUAUUCCAGAUCAUGUUUGUUUAAGUUGGUCUUUAAUAAUAAAACAAUCAGAAGGUCAAACACAUUUCUAAAGCUUUUUCCAAGGACUAAAAAAGGGAAACAGACAAAACGAUCAUUGCCAGCAUGCAUAAGUACACCCAUAUAUCCUGAACACAAACCUGUACCCACCCCAGCUCAGCUCAUUGAUAAAACUCCUGCAUGCGUAUAUGUGUUAUUGAUGCAGAACCGAAAAGAAAAGACAAUUAUCAAUGUUCAGUUAAAAGAGGUAAGAUAUAACAUGGUCGUAGUCAGGUAAUACCUGCAUAUUUGAAGUAUAACAAAAAGGAUUGCAUAAACUUGUUAGUAUUUAGUAGUUUAUUUAAUUUUCUUUAGUUUGAGAAAGUCACAGGAUCUUAAACUCAAUUGGAAUUAAUUGAUCAAAAGGACAGAAGUUUUUAUGCUUAUACAGAGGAGUAAAUAUUAUUUCUACUUUUGGUUCUCUAUCAAUCAUUUUGAAUCCGGAGCAUCAACAAAUCCAUUCCAUCAAGAAUCAGUAGGAAAUCAAACUUUACCAUUCCCGGGGGGGAUAUUUAGUUGUAUUCUUCUUAUUAAACUUGCAACACCCACAUAAGUCCAAGUGUACACACAGCUGCUUAGACAGGAUCCUAUGGACAUGCACUUUAAUAGAUUAUAUAGAUGUCAGAGUGAGGACACUGCACAUGGACAAGCGCUCUGAGCACUUUAGGAUUUGUUUCUUUAGUCAAGGGCACCACAACAGCAGGCAAAACUGUCGAACCUUUUGAACAGACUGUGGCAUUUUAGCCACUGCACUCUUACAGUACAACAACGGUAAAGCAAUAAUUUAAAUAUUUCAAUUCAGGCAUGCGUUGAAGUAACUGCUUUCAUCUAAUGUAACAUAUGAGUAAAGGAAAGCUUCAUCAGACCCACAUAAGCCAACAGUCCAGCAUCUGUCUCCUCCAAAAAGACUUUUUUGUAUAAAUGUUUGAGCAGAUACUGUUUAACUGCACAUUUGUUUCCUCAGUUUUGUUUUUUGUGCUUUCCUGAUAUACAGUCACCAUGAGGCUGACACUGAACUAUGAAUUAAAUUAGAUAAAUAGCAAAAAUCAGCCGUGGCUCUUUCUUGUCUCCCUCUUCUUGUUACAAUGAGCUCCUUUCUUGAAACCUGUCGAGUGUAUCCAUCACUCUGAGGCACCUUGAGCACACACAACUGACAAUCUGUUAAUUUCCUUUUAUUUAAACCCUGAACUUAUUAACAGCCAUUCGGGGUGACCGUGUUGUUGCUCUGCGUCACCGAGCAAAGAAGCCAACCAGACAAUGGGUGUGAUUGAGAGGCGAAAUAGAUGACAUUAUUGAAUUUUAAUCACAUCUUUUCCACGCCGACAUCGAACACGGCAAUUACCUGGCUACAAGUCGUGUGUGUGAGUGUGUGUGUGUGUGUAUGGUAAGGGGUUGGAGCGCGGAGCAGAGACUGGCUCAUCAGGUUCUCAAAGCGGCUGAAAGAAGGUCGUAAGUGGCUAUCAGCGCACCCAACCCCGUCUGGAUGGAUCCCUCCUGUCGCAGCGUGGCGAGCUGCUCCCAUAUGGCGAGGGGCCUAAUUAUCCCCCACCGAUGGCUGAAUCAACAUUUGAUUAUAUCCUCCCUAAGGCUGUGCUGAAAGGCUCCAUUCAAAGACCACUUUUAUGUCUUUUCUCUCAUAAUCAAGAAUGGCUGUUAUUUGCUAAUGAUAAGUUUAAUUUCUUCUUUUAAACAACCCCUGACGUGCUGAGUGGGAAGAUGUCUAACAUAUCUCACUCUGAGUAUACUGAAUUUGACUUAGAAGGGUUUUGAAAUGAAAGUGUAGUUGUUUAAAAAUGUCUUAUUAUUCAAAGUCAUUCCUCCAUUUAAGUUUCCCAGUAAGUAAAUUUCUCAGUUAGCAGUUUAAUUAACUGUGGUGAUCCCAGCAGGCUUUGUUUGCGAGUGUCAUAUAUUUAAGUCAAAUAAAAAUAAGAUUCCAGGAUCUAAAUGCUGCGCUUUUACUGACUAAAUAAAUGUCUUUUCCUUUUUCUCUGAGUUAUAAUGAAACCCACAAAUGAUUUUUGAUUGUUCAUUUGCAGCAAACCUGUACAUGAUGUUCUGAAUAACUUUUCCAGCAGGCUAAACCUGCAUAUUUUAGUUACAGAGAAACAAUGAAAGGUUUGUGUCAGAAAGCUCUCAAACUGUCAGCCUCUGGAACGCCUCUUUUAGAAGCUGUUGACAGGAAAAGCUCUGAUUUUCAUCUGUAUUCUCUUUUCUCUGGUUCACAGUCAGAGGAACUUGGCAGAAAUCACAGAGUUGAUCCACACAGCCUUCCUGGUGCAUCGCGGGGUAGUUAACCUGAAGGAGUGGACGGUUUCAGACGGCCCGCUAAAGGACAUGGAGUUUGGGAACAAGAUGGCAGUCCUGAGUGGGGACUUCCUCCUGGCGAACGCUUGUACCGGACUAGCUGAGCUGAAUAACACUAAGGUAAGCUUUCAGACAGAUGCAGACAGAAAAGUGUCCGAUAUCUGACAUCAGUGAUUCAUAGAGGACUCUCUUAAUCUUAAUAUGAGCCCCUAUCAGUCCUCACGCAGUAUUAGUCUUUGUUCUAACAGGUUCAAAUCCACAUCCAAAGUGACCCCCCUACAUUGAUUAUGAAUCAGGUUCAAACUGAUUAAAAAAACUCCUGGAUAACGGUUUAUUCCCGAGAGCUGUUUGUCUUUCAGAGGCUUCUUAACUACUUAAAACAUGUUGAUCAACCAAUACAAAUAAAAGCUUUAAGGUCCUCCUUGACUGGUGCUCCAAAACCUGAAUAUAUUGUUUAGCAUUAAUGGUGCCUGUACUCCUCUACAUCCCAGUACCAUUAGGGAUGCUGACUUUUAUCUGUGUGCUGUUAACAGGCUGGGCUCUCUCUCUCUUAUGGAGGAGGACAUGGCGUCCAUGGUUUCCAAAAAGAAUAUCAAAUUUUGAUACGUCAGACUUGGGGGGCAGUUUUUCACCUCACCUCAGUCCAUCUUAGAUUGGAUCCGGCUCAGAGAAGUUGACAGUGGUAUACAUAUUUAAACAUGGGUUUUUCUUUGCAUGGUGUUUGUAGAGGACAAGGCAGUGUAUUAGAGCAGGAAACCGGGAGAAAGCAUGGAGAUUAACAUGCAGGAAAGAGGCCUCAGGCUGCACAUGAACCCAAGUCACCAAGGUGAGGCAUAACCUUCAUCCAUGAGGAAUUUAACCAGUGGAUGUAGUGACAAUUUUUCAGUUUUUUAGUUUUCAAAUAGUAUCUAAGCCUAUGCAGUGAUUCCCACUACAAAGUUUAUUUAAUCGUAGUGCCAUCUUGGCUGUAAAUCUUUUUUGGCCUAUUCUGAACCCUUUAUCUGGUUUAGGUCUGUCUUUCUAACCCGCUGGGUUCAUAAGUCAAAAAUGUGGUUGUUGUUGAUAAUUUGAGGUCUUUUCUUUAUAUUGAUGGUUAGUAUGCCUGGGAGCUGCUUUAUAUUUCAGUCUGAAACUGAAUAUCAUUUUAAUAAUCACUGUCUACUUCAGUGUAAGCAGGCAGCACAGACCAACUCCUCCGUUUGAUGGUCGUCAGCCUCUUGCGUAUGGAGGAGAGUGUGGUCAGGAGACAAGGGAAUCCUUCUUAUCGAGCUUUUUUUCUAGAUGUGUGUUUGUCUGUGUGAGCGUGUGUGUACGUGGUGGUCAUGUUAGUGCACCACAGAUCAUAUCUACUCUGUAUUCUGGUAACCCCCCCUACUGACAGAUACUGUCACCACGCUGCUCCGUCAGAAUGCGGUUGCCUGAGUGGAUCAAAAUAACCAUCUAUGCCCCUCUUGUGCCAUCAGCAGGACCAGCCCUUAUCACCUUCCCUGCCACUUCUUAUUCAGCACACACAGUCUGGUUUAUGUCUGAUCCAUGGCAGCCAAGGAGACGCCCUCUUACUGUAUGGUGUAAGCAGCAGUCAUGGUGGUACCUGGAAAGGAAAACUGGAGCUAGAGACGAUGAAGAUCCCCUUUUAGAAUUGAAGUUGGUUUUCAAAGUGAAGCUUUUUCUUAGAAAAUCUGGCUGGUUUUCACUCGGAGCAUCUUUUGUCAAGCUAAAAAAAUCCAAGUCAGACUUAGGUGGAAAAAAGUGUCGCAUAGUCACUGUUGGUAUUGAAUAAGUAUUUGCCAUUACUGUUGUAACAAUGCAGAUUACUGUUUUAUUAUGAUUAAUGGAAUAUCUGAUCUUGUUUUAUAGGCCUAAAUAAAUAAACUCUGAGUUUACAAGACUGACUGAUACACAUUUGAUAAUAAGACAUUAUAAUACUCAAAUUAUACACUGGACUGGAGUAGUGAGUGUGAGAAAACAUAGACGAACUUCACUAUCUAGCUCAGAAAGACAAAAAAAAGGUGACUCCUGUGCUGGCGAGAGGAGGAUUAAUAAUCUGCCACAGAAGUAGUAGAUUCCUGUGAGUGAAGUUGAAGUUGAAUAUCUUUUUUUAACUCAAGUUUCUUUAUCCUUCAAUUUCUGGUUUUGUAUCUGUAUUUAUGCUGCUGUAAUUUUAGAAUUUUCCCCAGUAGGACUAUUAAAGGAAUAUCUUAUCAGAUUGAAGAGUAGAGGAACUACAGUGAGAGACAGGGAGGACUCUGCUGCUUUUGCUGGCUGUAUAGAUGGAAAUAAAAGUGCAGAUAACAGCGAAAAUGAACGUUUUUUCUCUGACACUCCCAGGAUAUUUACAGCCUGACAUGAGUGAGAUUAUUAGGUAUGUAAGUCUGUUCAGGGCUUCUGUGUGAUAGUCGUUCAGUCGAGGGGGUAACGUGCACAGUGCACAAACACAAUACACUGUACAGAUCUGAAUAAAGUUUCAAGGAGUCCUUUUAGGAACCAUUUCAGCCCUAAUCAAAAGCAACCAGAGGGAAUAUCACAUGGAAAGUUUUUUUUAAUGUAAUAAGGGAGCAGACACCUGAUAUCCAGGAGUUACUCAUGUUUGAAAAGGUUCAACAGAACAAAAUGAACCCAGGGCAAACCACAGUGUGCUCAUACUCACCUGUGUUUCUGUGAAGCUGUCUUUUACUCGUUCAUGAACAGGGUGGAAAUGAGAUGACUGAAAACGGAAAAAGGAGAUCAUCUCGCUGGUCCAAACUUGAAAAGAAUGAGUCUGACGUAAACUUUUAAUUUGGCCAAAAGAUUUUAACCAAAUUUUAUGGUGGCUUUCCCUAAACAAACUAUUGUGCUGCUUUUUCUUCUAUGCAGAAAAAAAUCUUAGUGUUUCCUAGGGCUGGGCGAUAAACCAAAAAUUUACUGAUACCAAACUUCACAACAAUAACCGACGUCAUUUUGCCCAUAUCGGUAUAUUCAGUUAAAAAAAAAAAAGAAUAAAUAAAAGUUGGUUUUGGAUGUGUGUAGGUAGGCUAUGGUCUCAUGUCCCUUUAAGACGCUGUCCUACCUCAGAGACGUGACUCCACCCCACCCAGUCCGUAACUAAGAGGGAAAGACAGGUGAGGAGAUGGAGGAUGGUUUAAAAGCGGCUGAAGUAGACAAAGUUAAUGUAGGAGGGGGUGAGCAGCUUGUGGAGUAGUUAUCGUCCAUUUAUCAUAAUCGAGGUGAACCGCUCAAUAUAUCGUGAUAUUGAUCUGAGGCCAUAAUGCCCGGUCCUAGCCUUUCUUUACAAAUGUUUUUCUUGUUGAGUAAACAACCUCAGUUUUAGCUCCUCAGUUGUUGUUUUUUCAGCAGCUUGUAACUGCAGACCACAGUCAUUAUAAGCUGAGUCAAUACACUUCCUCAAUUAUUUGGUCAAUUUUAAAAGAAGCUCCUGACUUAAAAGCACUCUUAACACCCUGACUUUAGUGAUAACUGAGUCAACACCGCCUGAAAAUAUCAAAUAAAAUGUCAACAGUUUCCACAUGCUGAUGCAUUUUCUGCAAUGUGUUCUGCCUUUUUAGCUUUAAAUAGAAAGUGUCCUUCCUGCAAACCACCAACUUAAGCUACAAAAACGUUUUGAAAGGACUGGAAUAAAGAAUUAAUAAAUUGUCCAAAAAAAGAGAGUGUGACGUGUCCAAAAUAAAAGACUGCGGAUCUUCAACCACACCAUGCUGUCCUCUCAAUGCCAAACGUUUUUCAAAAUCCACACCCUCAAGUUGAAACAAUGAUCACCCCUGUGGAUGACCAUCCUCCUAAUUAAGCUCUUAAUGAUGAAAAGCUUUUUCAUUGUAAAGCGUAGCCACAGGAUGCAGGGAAUCAAAAUCUGCAGAGUGUGUGUCCAUAACUCUAAAUCUUGGAAGUGUGUGGAAACCUAACAGUUGGCGUCUAGGAUGAACAACUGACUAUACAGUUGGUUGGCUCUUCUUUUCUUUACUUACAGUUAGUUUAUGGUCAUUGGUCUUCAUCUCCAUCCAAAUAGAAAAUGAAGAAUUCCUUCAGCUUUCAAAGUUUUUCCCAUAAAACAGCUUUUUUUUUUUUCCUUAAAGGCUCUCAGAGCAGUGGGGAUUUGGUGUCGUGGCCUUGAGAGGAAACCUAUGCCGCUACUUGUAUAAACUGUAAAAUAAUCUCACCAUGAAGCUCCGGUUUCUCCCCCCUCGCAGACCCGUCGGCAAAACACGAUCUGGCUGGAUUUGGGAAUGGAGUAAGGGGGAGGCAGAGGGAGGGCUUAUCUGAUACUUUCCAAAAAAAGACCCCCACUGGCCCCCACUUCCCAAGGCAGGCAGAGACACCACAUCUGGUAAUACUGUAGGCACAUUGUCCUUCCAGGUCUGUGGGCACAGCUCGGGUUUCCUCAAUAUUUUCCCGUGGUGGAUUAGGUUACCCAAAGGGCACUGUGAGGCUGACGGGGCAGGCCGCCAUCACCAGACUUUUCUGAUGAACCAAGGAUGUCUGGGAUGAGCUGAAGGAGCUCUAAAUUUAACCUCAUUCUUCUGGACUGUACAGAUGUCUCAUCUGCUCACUUGUCCAGACUGCUCUGAAGGACGGAGAGGCUGACUUCUAAAUUUUACUCAUUCACUAUCUCAAUUCUUAAAAAAGGGCACUCUCUAAUCUGGGAAUUGAUGAGGGGCUGGAAGAUUUACUGCAGGCUAAAAUGUAGUCAUGUAUGCCCCCUGUAAGAGGAAAUAGGCUACUGCAGUCUAAAAAAAACCCACUUAUACCUCAACAAAGCACUGUAGGACAAUACACAGCUAUUUAUUUGCAACCCCUGUUCAUAGAAGGCCUCAGUCUGUCUUCAGUGGACUUCACGGUCAAGAGAAGGAGUCUGCACUCCUGGAUUGUGGUUUUAAUGUGCUCACCUCUUUGCAUGUUACAGUUUAAACCUACAUUAGUGGAUACAGCAACACUUGCUCACAGAGGCUUUUAGAGCCUAUGCGGUGAUUUCCACUUGAGAGUUUUUGCCUAUCAGGGUUGUCCAGUAUUGGUUUUCGUCCUUUUUCUGUUUUGUACAGAGGUUUCACCAGAUUCACUGAAUCGUUCAAUUAAUUUUCUAACUGUUUGGAUAAAAUAAACAAAUUCUCUGCAAUUUUCCAGCAAGGCACAUCUUUCUGAAAUAAAUGAGCUGUUUGCUUCCCCAGUCUCUCACACAUAGUGGUGAACCUUUUCCCAUCUCCCAUCAGCCACUCUGGGAAGCCCUUUCAUACCCUGUUACGUUACUAACCUGUUGUAAAUUAAAAAUAUUAUUAUUUGAAUAUGUUUCCUCUCAGUGUUUUUAAGCUUUAGUUAACCUUUUUGGUGUUUUGUUGUCGUUGUCUCAGCUUUUUCAAACAUGCUGCUAACAUCAAAUUUAAAAUGGGCAUAUGUGUCUUUUGCGCUGUUGUGCAAGAGUUGUAUUUUUCUCAUUCUCCUUUUUUCUUAUGGCACUGAUGUUUAACUAAUUACUAUAUACAUGUUGUGAUAAGGAUACAAAUCUGCCCUGCUCUAAGGCCCUAAGUGAGAUGAAUCUUCAGAUUUGUCGAGGAAAGGAAGACGAUAAAGGACCCUGAAGUCAGAUCAUCACUCCUAAACCUUGUUAACCCCUCUGCUCUCUGGACACUGUCUUAAUUCAUCUCACCAUCUGCUUUUUCGCUCCAUUUCAGCCCCUCAGACCGGACAGACACCUGAUCAGUCUCUAUUGGCUGUGCUCCUCUAAAAAUACAGAAUAUAAUACUAGGAGGAGAGUCUUGAUCUGCUUCAUGAAACCAACAGGGGCUCCCCCACGGCCCAGUAAUGAGCAGCUGAGUUUUGCGGCAGUUCACCUGGUUUGCGACCCUGAUCUCACCUCUGAGUUAUACACCAAACCAGCUGUUCAGAGGAGAGUGCUGUGAGCUCGUGCUCCAAUCAGGGAAAAUUAUGGUUUUUAAUUACAAAUGUCACGGGUGAACUGAGUAACAUGUCAGUUUCGAUCAAUCUCAUUUACAGCUACAUUUUAGGCAGAUUGAUUUAUAAUGAAGGAGUAGGUUAUCAGUUCAGCAUCUAUAACUGAGGACCACUUAACAGGACACGAGUCUGGAUGAACAUGAUGGCUCUAGAUCAAACUCGACCAUCUCUCUGGACAUUUAACCUUUAUAUGUUUUUGUUUUCUUUACAGGUGGUUGAACUGAUCUCUAGUGCCAUUGGUGAUUUAGUCCAAGGAAUCUACUAUGAGAACUCCAUUAACCCUGAGGUAAUCUUUUUUUCUCUUAAUCAGGAAACAUCUUAGUCUAUUUAAAAAUGCGGUCUGUUUAUAAACUCAUUUCUUAAGCAUGAAUCAGGUGAGCUAAGAGUAGAUGCUUUUGAUCAAUGAAGGAGACAAUAAUAAAUGCACAAAGCAAACAUUCUUGUUCUUUUGAUAUACCAAUACAACAGGGAAAUGAAUCCAAAUUAAUAGUUUAAAAACAGAGCUUUUACUGAGUUUUCUCCCCUAAAAUGCCUAAACAUAGUCCCACAUUUGAAGAUAAUUUCGCUGAUUCUAGAUCUGGUACUUUUCCCUGACAAUGAGGGCAAGCGAUCUAAGCUGGUGUGAGCAAAGUACCUGCAAGUGUAAAGGGUUUACCAUCAUAACCUGAAACACCUGGAGUUCAGUCAGCUGAUUCCAUCUGAAUAUCAGUCAUAUUUGUAGCUGAAUAGAUGCAUUUGUAAAACAUGUUGAUAAAUCUGUCAAAGUGACUUUUAUUUCCAAAAAAAAGUUUUUAAAAUCCUUUGAAAUUUGGUUUAAGGUCAUGGUGUAUUAUUGUUUCUUUUUUGUGCCUUACUUUAGAGGAUAGGAUGGAGUAUAGAGCAGGAAAGUGGGAGAGAGAGAGCAGGCCGUCCUUGUGGGGCAUAACUUAGGUCUAUGGGGUGUUUGUUUAGACCGCUUGGCCAGUGGGGCUAUGAUGGUGUUUUUCAAGAUGAAGAAUUUGGAGUCUGAGGCGAUGCUUUCUUUAUAUGCUUUUAUUGGUGAUAUAAACCUUUUCUAGAUGAUCAGGUAACAGUGCACAGUCUUUCAGUGUCAAUUUUUGUUCAUGAUUGGUCCAUCUUGUACACAUUUACAGUUUGGCUUUUCUGGUUAUUCUAGAGCACUAUUAGACUGCUAUUGCUAGACCAGUUCAUCUGGAUCCUCUUAAUUCAUUUCCUUUUUCCAGGGGGUGUUAGCAAAGGCUGCAUGCAGAAAAGCACCUCUUUGAACGAUGCAGCAAGUGACUUAGCCCAUGGUAACAGAAAAUGAAAACAGCAUGCUGAGGACAGAAAUGCACCUUUUUUUUUUACCAACAAAUGCUGUUAGUGCAGCCAGCUCUAUGAAAGAGCAUCAGCCGGUUUGUUUAAAAUAAGACCAGAAUACUACAGGUUAAUAUGGAAAUAUAGAUUAUGUAUAUGGGAACAGUUGAGGUUAAAGAAACAUAACAUCUUCCAGUUUGCAAUAUGGAAUUAUAACACAUCAUCUUUUACCAAAACGUGGUCAAUUAUUUGAGUUGAGGCUCACAGUGUCCCUGCCACUUUCUUUAAAACAGAACAGUCUCAAUGACGGCGUGGAUGUGGCGUCAUGGGAGGAGCAGACGUUCCUGUCCAAUGGGGCACUGCUGGCCAAAAGCUGUCAGGCUGCGAUGGAGCUCGCCCAACAUGACAAAGAGUCCCAGAAAUUAGCCUACAAGUACGGCAAGCACCUAUCUCUGGGCCACAAAGUAAGUCUGAUCUGUUGUUCCCACCGCACAGCAAAUCAAUCGGAGCAUGUCAGUUGUUGUUGUAUCAAUGUUCAGUUAGCUUUUCACGACUUGAAUGUAAGUCAUCCUGCCAGAAAUGGAAACAUUUUGAUGAUAUGACAUGAGAAAAUUGUCCAGCAGUGUUUCUGUCUCUUGGCUUCUCUCUUGGGUUGAAGUGGGCAGGGCUCAGCUGGAAAAUCAUGAAGUCACUUAUGUCUGUAUACUAAUCAGGGAGAAAGCUGUGACCAUGAAUGACAUCCUCGCAGGCUGCCAAAUAGUAACACAGUGAAACAGAGUUGGAUUAAUGCAAAAUAUAAAACACUGAUAAAAUCGCGAAGCUCACUACAAAUGAACUUACAAAAGUGCAUUGGGCUGUAGGCUGUAAAAUUAAACCAUUUGUGAUGCAACAUUUUUCUAAGACUUACUGUAACACUCUCAACUCAUUCCUGUUGCAUAUUCAAGAUAAUUUGAAUGUUGUGCCAAGCUUUUGCAGGUUGUUACACAGUCUUCAGUCUUUUUUUGUUUUUAAAAGGAUAUUCCGGCAUAGAAUUAAGUUAGGGUCAAACACAUUGUAACAUCAAGUUGGACACCCCCUCGAGAGAUGAAUGUUGCCGAAUGCUUGCUUCUCUAGUUAUACCAACUUUAGUAACAACCACACGAUAACAAUACACAGCAGUAGCCUCAACCAAAAAGCCACUCUAUAGCCGCAAAUAAUGCUCAGAACAGAACAACACCUAACUUCAUCAGCAGUACAUAUAGGGCCCCGGCCAUAGUACUAGCCAUCAAACAUCUUUUUAGCUUUGCCUGAUUUCUUGAGCGAAGACUAAACACAACACACCCACUCUCCUCCAGCAGCCGCUUGUAUGUGGGGAAGCCCUGAGGAGUCGAUCGCCGAGUGCAGGGGAUCAUUUCCAUGUAGUAAUAGUCAUCAUAAUAAUCAUUUUGGUGCCGUUCUGAGCAUUACUUGUGGCUAUAGAGUUGCUUUUUGGUUGAGGUCUGUACGUGGAGAUGUAGACCGCUAUGUAUUGCUAUCAUGUGGUCGUUACUAAAGUUGGUAUAACUAGAGAAGCAAGCAGUCGGCAACAUUCAUCUCUCAAGGGGGUGUCUAACUCAGUGUUACGCUGAGUUUAACCUAACUUAAUUUUACGCUGGAAUAUCCCUUUAAGGUCACUCCUGCUAAACUUUGUGUUUGAUUGCAGUUGAGUUCAUUUUAAAUAAAGGCUGAUCAGCUGCUUGUUCCACUUAUCUUAUGCAGCAUCAGUCUCUUAACUCCCCUUUUACUGUGUUGUUGGCCAUAAGAUUUCUUUGUGCCAGGCUCAGGUCAUUGAUAUAUUAAGUUAACGUGCUCUUAAGCAUUUUUUAAGGUUCAGAAGCCCCCCCAGUUGAAUGGCAGUAGUACUAUCCUAAAAGUCAUUCAUAAUGUUUCCAGUCUUGGCGCUGUGUCAGAACGUCCUCUCCUGCUGAGGCUCCCUGUAGCUGCCUCUCUGCAGGCCUCAGCUGCUACUGGGAAUCUCUGCAUGGGAGGAAACAGAAAUGAGGUCUUUGAAGGAGAACCAUCCUCAUCAAGCCUGUACUGUCUUUGUCAGUUCAUCACGCUGCUCAUUAACAGGGUCACUCAGAGUGUAGUUAGGCAGCAUGCAAGAACACCUGCUAAACUGCGCUCUUACCGUGAGGUUGGUCUAAUUGGUCGCACAGUUGAACGUCUGUCUGACUGAUGUCUGAGUGACAAGUGUACUUUCGCUUUUCUGCAGCUGAACUCUGACCUGCAGCCGUUUGUAAAGAGCAGCGUGGGGGAGCCCUUGUCAUUCAGUUUGAGCGCCGCCCCAGUGGUUUUCCACCGUCAGAUCGUAGGCCAGGAGAGAUGGCAUCAGCAGCUGCAGCAGGUAUGAAUGGACUUUGACAGCAAGAUUGAUGUUGUUUCUUUUCAGUCACUGCUGGUCCAGACUUUUGGUUAGAAUUGCUGUUUAUUUAGUGUUAACCUGUGAGACAAUAGUUCAGUUAUGAACUUGUCUUUUCCAAAAUGUUGAUGUUCAACAUUUUGCUGAAGAUGUUUUGGUCUUGAUAGUGAGGAGAGGGAAAUGUGAUUGUACUGGAUUUGAAAGACACUUGUUAAAACUCAUUUAGCUGUUCAAGUCCAACUAUGAUCGUUUUUUUUUUAAGUGUUGUCAGUGGUCUUUAAGUUGUGACUAUGAAAUUUUUAGCAAAAAUCACGUUACCUGUGUCAUUUUUAAGAGCUUUUCUUCUGCAGAGCUCCAGUUGCCCAUUAGCAAUUCGUCUCUGAGUUGUGGGCAGAGACAGCGCUGCUCCGCACACUCCUCUUCACACUCAUCUUUACACUAGUUUGCAGCCUAAUAUUGCCAGUGUAGUAGAAGUAGCAGGUAACAUAGGAGCUACUCAGCUCUCGCACACUAAUGUCUUUAGGGACAUGAUGAAAGUUAAUAUCAUAAUUAGCUUUCUUACAAGCAUUGCAAUCUGCUAACGCACACGCUUGUUCUGCGAUCAUCCUAUUUCUCCAUCUCUAUUUCUCAAAGUCUGGCCUGUAUGGUGAGGCUCUGGGGGCGGAGCUUGGAAUUAUGACAUAGGAAAUCUCACUGUGUCUGAACCUGCUGUUUCGGUCUGCUAGAGAUUCACAGUGAUUUGAAUGCAGAAAUACUUCGAAAUGCAAUUCCGCACUGACUUUUCUCAUGAUACGUCCUGUAGCAUCAGAAUUCCAUAUAAACAUGUAGACAACAAGAAAAACAUGACUUUCAUCAGAGUGGGUCUUUAAUCUACUUCACCUUUUCUGCACUCAUUAUUUAUUCAAUAUUUCUACAUGUUGUUGAUAAUCAUUUGUCAUAUCUGAUGUUGUGCUGUGGUAGUGCAGGUUGUUUUUUAAGUCAGUUUUUUUAUGAUGAUGUUUAAUUUAUUUGAACUGAUGCUAACUUUUCUAAUCUGUGUUAGGUGCAAACACAGAGAAACCAGCUGGAUUACUCAAAGGUAAGUCCCGCACUUUUUAAAAUCUCUUUUAUUCAUAAGCUCCUCUUUCAAUGAGUGAUGGAAUCACCUCAGAAAUAAGUUUGUAAGGCAGCCGCAUUUUACUUUGUUUUGUCUGAUUGUGUUCCCCUGUUUACUCACUGGCACAACACCUGAUCGAGCCCUCAAAGAGAAACAGGACGUCUUCCCACUGUAACCUAUAUCAAAGUUGAGAGAUGAGCUUUCCAAAGUCAAUGAGUGAGGGAAGAGGGGGGCAGAUAGGGGUGCAAGGAGAGACUGGAGCUACAGAGUAGGGGUCUGAUGGUGUUGGAGGGGAGUUAUCUGGUCCCGUCUGAAACCAGAGCAGGAAGGAUUAGUUACUGAGGCCUAUUUGCGGAGGAGACACUGAGGCUCUGAGACAGUGGCAUUGUGAGAGAAUCUCCUUCAGCAGACCUGAUGAAAAGGGGACAUGAGGAGAAGUUUGAAGGCAAAGAGAGAAGAGGAGGAAAAUGACUCUGAGCCCAUGUGUGUUGAAUUUAGUUGUAAUUUUUCACACAAAUAUUUUCAGACAAAGCGUUUUAUUGCUCUGAAAAAUUGGACGAACUUUGUGUUUGUUUCAGGCUUUCAUAAAUUGUCUGAAUGAUUAAGCAUGUGCAUUCAUUCGAUUAAGUCUGUUUCAUAACCAUAAAUGAUCACAGAAGCUUCCUUUGUAUCGCUCAGCACUCGCUUUAUGAUUAUCAACAUCCCCGGAAGACACUUUUCAGAUCAGAUUAGCAAGCUGCCAAAUCAUCAUCAUGUACAGCUUCUGCCAGUGCACUUGGUCAUGGUGACCCACAACAGCAGUGUUAUAGAAAACUGUAAGUUUGUAUUGUUUCAAAACCCUGAGAAGAGUUUUUGCUGACAAUGAAACAGACUGAGAUAAAAAAUGAGUCCUUCUUAUGACCCGUCAAAGCAUCAGAACCAUCAACAACAAAGUUAUCAAUGUCUGUGUUCAUUCCAGUGACAGUAAUCACUGUAAAGGGGUAUGUGUCAGAGCGGACAAUGAGCAGGGUUAUUUAUCUCAUCUUUAAUUACCCCACUUUCUAACCGAUCACCCAGCCAUGAGAAAUACUUGAUUCUGAUUGGUCAAAACCCUGUUACAACAGUUAUUUAUUCUGAUUACUCAGUAGAUGUUUAGAGUGUAACAGAGAGAAUUGAGGUUAAACUAUUUAGUGUUUCAAGCUCCUGGAACUUUAGUUUUUAGUCAAUUUUGGUGUCCCCUACUAACUGCUUGAGUUGUGUCAUAAGACAAAAAACUCAUCCUUUUGACUUUUGACCACCAUAUGAACAAUUUACAAUAAAUAUUUUAUGUGGAAAAUGCAAAAAAGGCUGUUUCUUAAGCUGCUCCACUGACACCUACCCCCUUAAACUGCUUUUAGACAUUAAACUGAAAACCAUCAAUCUUUCUGCCAUGAUGUUUUGCUUUUGUAUUUCAUUAAACGGCAUCAAUAUGAAAUUAGCCUGUUUCAUUCAUGUAAAAACAAUACCUCACAUAUGAAUAUAUUCAUACACAUUUACAUACAUGUAGACACACAGAUAGACAGCAUCCAAUCAGGCAAGACAGAUUAAAUUUUACCCACAAUCCAAACAAACCCAUCAGCCAGGGAAACCUUUAUGAUCAAUUCAGUCAGUUUCUUUUAAAGGGCAGUUUCACUGUAAUAUUAAAGUCAUCUCAAGAGGAACAGAUGUGUAAAAGGCCAAGGACCAACUAAAUGAGAAGACCGGUGUGUCUCAUUUAGGAGGGUAGACACAUUUUUAAGAAAGAGAUAAAAAGCUGCCUGACAUACUGAAAUGCCAAAAGCGUUGUAAAAGGAAUAUCUUUUCCUUAGUGCGUAAUCAUAAAAUAUUUGAGCUAACCUGCUAAAGUGCAUCCUGACUUUGAAUAGAAUAAGACAAAGGGGUGGCAGUAUAAUAUGUGAAACAGAGUUAUGGUCUCUGGAGGAUGGAUAUGACUGACUUUAGUGACCCUCCUCCAGCACCACUCUGGAAAAAGGAUGGAGAUAGAGUGUUGAACCCUUCUAAUGCACAUGCACACCAAGGAAUUCAUCAUUGACAGAUAUAAUGAGGGAUUUCAGACACAAAUGUACACAACAAGAACAGAGACAUAAGAGGUUUGACUAUGUCUUAAAUUGACACAGGGUUUUUCACAGUAGCUUUAAUAUUAGGUAAAUAAUUGUAUGGGCAUAGAUGUAUAAAACAAAGCACACCAAAACUGUACUACUAUACAUACCCCUUUGCUUGUGUAUACUGUCAAGUGACAUUGAAGAAAAAGACAUGAUAAAUCAGUAACUCUUGCCAAAAAGGCAUUUUUAGAUACAAAUCCACUCAACUGAAUAGUUAUAUUUCACAAUGUGGCGUCUGUUAUUCAUCAGGUGUUGGUUUAUUUGUUUAAUUGGACUAUACUGAUUGGAUUUUGUCCUGUUUGUACAUGCUGGAGCUUCAUCAGUGUAUGAACACACGUCUGCUUCUCUAGCUGUGGUUGAUUUCUCAUUAUAACUUGGCUUAAGUUAGUACAAAUAGCUUAAUCUGUCCUUUUAAAAAAACACAACUAAUUCAGGCUAUUGAUGGGAACCUGGAUGAUCAAGAUUUAUCCCGAUUAAAAGAUGGACCUACAUGUGAUCAGAAAAGUUGAGGAAAGUAUAAAAUAACUCGGAACAAAACAAGAUUAGCACACAAGAUGGGGUGAAAUGAGGGUGAAGCAGAAUCUUUUUUUAUAUUAAAUAAGCAGCCAAGUUGAUGCCAAGUUCGACACUUGCAGUUCCUUUAGAGAAGAAAGGCCUGCGGGGCUUUCCACCUCCAGAAUUCAUGAGGUAAAACGCCCCCAGCAAGAAGAUGUCCCAACACACCAGCAGUAAGGAACAAGGAGACGCCCAAAUUCACUCAGUCUGUAGAGUUGGCUGAUGUUUGGGGCUGAUUUGACCUGAUAUUUUCACUUCCACGUGUAUGAAAUGGACAUGCCGUGUGCAUUUAAGUCAAAAGCCUUUUACCCACAGUAAUGCAGACUUCCUUCAAAUGAUCAAGAGAUUGAUUUUUCUUUCUGAUAAGAUAUAAAAAUCCUGCUGGAAUUCAUUCAGAGCAUAAUUAUAGGACAUCACUCUUGAAUUUAAAGGUCAGACACUCAAACCAAUCAACAGAAAAGCUCCAAAUAGUGAAAAUAUUCCACAUGUACACAGACCAUUCAUCUUAGGAUGCUCAGUUUAGACAAUACUUUUGCUCUAUGAGACACAACACCAUGUUGGCCCUGUGCUGGUUUAAAGGAUGCAGGACAGCCUCACAUCUAUUAAAUAAUGGCACCCAGCUACGGUACCAAAGGAGGUUCCAGCAGCCUCAUCCUAGCAGUAAACACAGCAACAGUAGGCAUAAAGAAGCCUUAUGAACCCUCCAGACAUCUAUGAAAGCAGAGAGGUUCCCAUCUGACAAGUUCAUCUUAUGCUGAAGAGUUUCUGCAAUCAAAGAGGACAGCCAAUGUUUACAAAGUAGCUGAAAUAGGCAUUGAGACUUAAAGCAAACAAGCACCUGUUUUUGUUUUUGCCUCUCAAAUGUAGACCUUCAGCGCUCUUAGGUAGAUAUUAUUCUGUUUUUCUCCUCUUCACCUUCUCUCAGGGUAAAGAGGAGUCCCAACUUUACAGACUGACUCUGUCCGAGUUUCAGAGCACCUCCAGCGGCACCCGGGACACUGUUUAAAACAUUGUUUAAUAACAGACUUUGAUGGUUUGCAAGUCAUGUAAAUUUCGAUUCAGUUGAAAAUAGUGCCAAGGCUGGAGAUCAGAUAUUGAAAGUUAAAAUGUUUUGUUUUAUUAAAAAUAAUUGCUCAUUAAAAUGAGUCGAUAUCUGCAACACAUUUUAAAAAAUGGGACAGUGGCAAAAAAACCUAAGAUGUGUACUUAACAAAAAUACUCCAACUAAUCAGGUUAAUCUGCAACAGUACGGUACAAAAAGGGCAUUUCAGAGCAGUAAAUCUCCUAGAGGUAAAGGGAUUCUUUGAGGAAAUAGUUAAACAAUGUCAGAAUAAUGUUCCUCAAAGCUAAACUGCAAAGAAAUCUUGGGAUUGCAUCAUCUACAGUACAUAAUAUAUACAGACAAUCCAGAAAAAUCUUUGUGCAAAACAGAUAAGGCCAAAAAUCAAUACAAGAUGGCUGUGAUCUUUGAGCCCUUAGGUGGCAGUGUAUAAAAAUCAGAUAUCACUCUGUUGUGGAAAUCACUGCACUGGCUCAAAAACAUUUGUAUCUGACAGCGAUUUGUAACUGCGUCCAAAAACACGGGCUAGAACUUUACCAUGCAAAGAAAAAAAGUUGAUAUUAACAUGACCCAGACUUCUCUUGACCUAAUCGAACUGAAGAUGAACUGAGGGAGAGAGGAAAACUGUCCUGACAAAGUUCUGACUAAUCAGGAUUUUACCCUUUUAUCAGAAACCAUGGACACUGCCUCCUCUACUCUAAUGAGAGAGACAGCCUGGCUUUUUAUUAGCACACAGUUCAAAAGACAGCAUCCAUAUGGAGACACAUUAAUGCUCAUAGCAUGGGUAGCUUUUUACAUCUGGGAAGGUAUUAUUAGUGCUGAACAAUACAUACAGGUUUUGAAGCAACAUAUGGUGCCAGUCAGACAAUGGAUUUUCAGAAACAACCUUACAUAAUACAGCAAGACAAUGCCAAAGCCUACCUUUAAGCAGGAUUUGAAGUCCAGGUGCUGAACUGGCCUUCCUGCAAUCUUAUGUCAAGCAAUAAUAAGACAGCAUUUACUUCAAAAACUCUAAAAACUGGUCUCCUUAUGUGCUAAAACCAUUACCAAGUGGUGUUCAAUGAAGAGGUGAUGAAGCAUGGUUAACAUGCCUCUGUUUAAACUUCUUUGAAACCUGUUGAUAGCAUCAAAUCUAAAAUGAGCAUUUUUCCCACUGAUUCUCAUUAAUCAAUAAAAAGAUUCAGUCCCAACACUUGAUAUCAUGUCUUUGCAGUGUUGUUAGUAAAAUAUAGGAUUGAAAUGAUUUACAAGUUUUGUUUUUAUAAACAUUUUACACAGCAACAUCACAGAGAUAUGCUAUUAUUGGAAGAUAACUCAGAUUUAUAGGCCUGACUUUUUCCUUGAAGAUGAAUGGAGUAACCUGCCUCCAGUGGUGCCAGGGGCAGGAGCAAACACAUAAUAAUUCUGUAAUGGAGGUUAUCUGUCAUAAAAAGAUGCACCUUGCUUUCAGGUAGCAGAUUUUACCUGUAUUUUAAGAGCUUUCCAACUUUCUCUGGCUCCUAAUAGUUUGUUGAGUUGACAGCUGGAUAGAGUGACACAAACAUGGCAAACUAACAUGUUUUCAUCUCUUGACAGCUUUUGGCAGCAGUUAAGUCAGAGAAAGGCGUCAGCACAGCGGUGGACUUAUGCAGUUACCAUAGCAACAAGGCUCUAGAGGCCAUCCAGGCUUUCCCCUCCUCCGAGGCACGAUCUGCCUUGGAGAACAUCGCCUCCGCUGUCACCAAAUUCUGACCUGGACUCGUGCAUGCCCCUGCCUCUAAAAACCUGGUGUGUGAGUCUGCAGGAGCAGCAGGACAAGAACCAGGACCACAGGACACUGGAGGGACAAAUGAACUUCUUCGGAUCCAGGUUCAGAAACUACUCUGCCUUUUCAUGGCUGACAGUGUGCACCAGACUCUACCCAUAAAUGGUCCUCAUCAGAAUAAAAAAUUAAAAACACAUUA